UAAAAAAAAAAAGUAUAUUGCCAUAAGGAAGUGUUUAUUUGUCACGUUUGUCACAUAAGUGCAUAUAGCAUAAAUUAAAACGAAAAUUGUUUAGUAAAAAAGAUAUAUUUUUUUUUCUUUUUGUAAAAAAAUAAAAUGUAAAUGAAAUUUUUUUAUCAGGAACACAAAAGGUGGAAGAUAUGUUUUGCCACGAAGACUUCACAUUUGCAUUUAAAAGUAAAGACGUGUCGAUUGCAUAUUUAUUUCAGUAUAGAAAGAAAUAGACAAUAAUUCUGUUAUAAAAAUAAUAUGAAAGAAAAAUGAAGAGGAAUGUAAUUAGUGUUGUGAAAUUUUUAAUUCUCUCGAUAUUCACUAUUUUUAUUACUAUUGUUAUUUUUCGAUUUUUGAGAAAUUCGAAAAUAUCAGUUCAAUCAGCUUCACAAUUUGUGCAAAUUGAAGAACCAUUAAUUAAAGAAUUUAAGGACAAUAAUGAGUUACAAAAAAAUGAAGAGAAAAUUGAUUGGCAUGAUUUAGAAAAAAUACAACAUGAAUCAAAAAGAAAAGGAACUGGUGAACAGGGUAUUGCCGCUUCAAUUCCACCGUUUAUGGAUAAUUUAAAAACAAAAUUAUACAGCGUUAAUGGAUUUAAUGCGGCUCUAAGUGAUGAGAUAUCGUUAAAUAGAUCAAUUCCUGACAUAAGACAUCCACAAUGUCGAAAAAAGAAAUAUUUAAAGAAUCUUGAUACAGCAUCAAUAAUUAUUUCAUUUCAUAAUGAACAUUUUAGUACAUUAAUGCGUACAUGUUGGAGUGUUAUAAAUCGUUCGCCAUCAUCACUUUUAGAAGAGAUUAUUCUUGUUGAUGAUGCUAGUACAAAAAUUGAAUUAAAAGAAAAGCUUGAUGAUUAUAUUAUUAAAAAUUUUGCCAAAGUAAAAAUAAUAAGAUUAAAAAAACGUUCGGGAUUAAUACGUGGACGUUUAGCUGGUGCAAAACAAGCAAAGGGAAGGAUUUAUGUUUUUUUAGAUUCUCACACUGAGGCAAAUGUUAAUUGGUUACCACCAUUAUUGGAGCCAAUAACGAAAAAUUAUAAAAUUUGUGUUUGUCCAUUUAUUGAUGUUAUUGAUUUUGAAACGUUUCAAUAUCGAGCACAAGAUGAAGGCGCUCGUGGUGCAUUUGAUUGGCAAUUGUAUUAUAAAAGAUUGCCAUUACUUCCCGAGGAUUUGAAGAAGCCAUCGGAACCUUUUAAAAGUCCAGUAAUGGCCGGAGGACUUUUUGCAAUUAGUGGUCAAUUUUUUUGGGAACUUGGAGGCUAUGAUCCUGGAUUAGAGAUUUGGGGCGGUGAACAAUAUGAAUUGUCAUUUAAAAUUUGGCAAUGUGGCGGAGAAAUGUAUGAUGCGCCUUGCUCGAGAGUUGGACAUAUUUAUAGAAAAUUCUCACCAUUUCCUAAUAAUGCAAAAGGCGAUUUCUUAGGCAGAAAUCAUAAAAGAGUCGCUGAAGUUUGGAUGGAUGAAUAUGCGGAAUUUAUUUACAAAAGAUUGCCACAUCUUCGUAAAAUGGAUGCGGGUGAUUUGAGUGAACGAAAAAAAUUACGUGAAAAACUUCAUUGUCGCUCAUUUAAAUGGUUCAUGGAGAAUGUGGCAUUUGAUCUUGAAGAUAUUUAUCCCUCAAUUGAACCAGAUGAUUUUGCCUCAGGUGAAAUAAGAAAUAUUGGUUUAAAAAAUUAUUGUCUCGAUGCAAAAAAACGUAAUCGCGAUGAAGAAGUUGUUUUGGAUUAUUGUUUAAAAGAUAAUUUAAAUAUUAUUGGAGAACAAAAAUUUCGUUUAACAUGGCACAAGGAUAUACGUCCAGAUGGUCGUGAUUUAUGUUUAGAUGUUUCACGUGGUGAAAUUGAAUCGCCAAUUUCACUAUAUCCAUGUCAUGGCGGUAUGGGUAAUCAACUUUGGCGUUAUAAUGUUGAAAAAAAAUGGUUAAUUCAUGGUAGCAAUAAUCCACGUUGUCUUGAUGCUGAUGUUGAGAGAAAAAAAGUAUUUGUCGCAAAAUGUGAUUCAUCAUCAUUAACACAAAUUUGGAAAAUAGAAAAAAUAAAUAUUAAAUCAAUAAAUAAUUGGGAAAAAAUUGGACCAAAAGAGAGACAAUAAUUUUCUUUUGCAAUUUUCAUUAUAAUAAUUAAUUAUUAAAUUUUUUCCGUUUUUAGUAUUUUACAAUUUACAGAAAAAAUGUUUCAAAAUAAGAAAUUUUCAAUGAUAGAUUAAAUAUAAUAUUAAGUAACUGUAAAUAAUAAUAAUAAAAAAAAAAUUUCUUGAAAGUUUUUAUUAACUUUUAUAAUAUAAAAAUAUUUUUAUUCGUAAAUUUCGAAUUUUGACACAUUUCUUCUAAUUAUAAUACUAAUCAGUAAAAUUUACUAUUUAAUUA